CUCAAGAUACUCUCUCUCUUCAAUUUUUUUUUUUCCUUGUUUUCUUUCUCUUUUCUGUUACUUUUUUAUUUUCGAUAAUGUCGAAACGGUCUCAUUUACAAGCACCUAGUCGUUCGGACGCUGAUACGAAUACAGGAAGACAAAGACAAAGCAAGCGUGAUGAGGCUAUUCGACAAAAGUUUGAAAGAGAACUAUCAAAGAAACGUACUACUCCUAUACAACGACAACAACAAUAUCGUAAAAUUGCAGGUACUGUUUCGGCCCUUCGUCCUGCUCAAGCUUUGACUGUUAAGGAAAGUAUGUUGGUGAUUGAAGCUUCUCAACUCAUGGCUGCCAAACGUAGUGAUUGUGUUCUUGUGGUGGAUGAUGAUGACCAUCUUAGUGGUAUUUUUACGGCAAAAGAUAUAGCUUACCGCGUGGUUGCUGUUGAUGAUAUGGAUGCAAGAUCUACACCGGUAGCAGAUAUUAUGACUCCAAAUCCAAUGUGUGUCACAGCUUCAACAAGUGCUCAAGAUGCUCUUAAUCUCAUGGUAUCAAGAGGAUUUCGACAUUUGCCUGUAUGUAAUGAAGAAGGUGAUAUUUUUGGUCUUUUGGAUAUUACCAAAUGUUUAUAUGAAGCAUUAGACAAAAUGGAACGUGCUUAUGGAUCUUCUCGCAAAUUAUAUGAUGCUUUAGAAGGUGUAGAACGUGAAUGGUCUGGCAACCCUGUCCAAUUGGUACAAUAUAUGGAAGUAUUACGGGAUCGUAUGUCUUGCCCUGAUAUGACCACUGUGAUGGAUCAUGGUGCUGUGGAAGUUAAUUACAAGGUCAAUGUUCGAGAAAUUGCUAAAAUGAUGAAAGAAUGUCAUACCACUGCUGUCUUGGUUAUGAAGCAUCAUCGUCUUGCUGGUAUUUUUACAACGAAGGAUAUUGUGCUUCGUGUGAUUGCUGCUGGAUUGAAUCCUGAAAAUUGUUCUGUUGUACGUGUGAUGACUCCUGAACCUGACUGUGCUGAACCAUCUACUACUGUAUUAGAAGCGUUGAAACGCAUGAAUGAUGGACAUUACUUGAACUUACCUAUUUUGGAAGAUGGCCGAGUAGUUGGAAUUGUUGAUGUUUUGAAACUGACCUAUGCUACCCUUGAACAAAUGAAUAGCAUCCAAGGCAAUGAUGGAGAAGGUCCAAUGUGGUCAAGAUUUUGGGAUAGUUUUGGUGGCGUGGAAAGCGAAUCACAAGGAUCAUCCGAUCCUAAUGGAUCACAUUAUCUCUCAUCCGGUAAUCGACAUUCAGCCUCCCAUGUGGAUCAAGUAAUAAGUCCGGAACCAUCGGCUUCAUUUUCUCAACUUCAAGGAUUUUCCGAAAUUCAACCCAAUGAAUCAGCCAGUAUGGUGAUGAACAACGACGAAGCAAGUAGUAUAUCAUCUUAUCGUAAAUCAUCAUCGAUUACUAGAAAUACCCAUGCAAACGGUACAACAUUUAAAUUCACUUCUCUUGGCGGAAAGACCCAUCGAUUUAUGAUGAAAUCCAAUAGUUAUGCUUAUCUUUUAGAUAGUGUACGACAAAAAGUACUUGGGGAACAUGUUCAAUUUGUAGCAGCCAAUCAUUCAGCUUCAUCUUCGACUGCCGAUAGCAAUAGCAGUAACAACAAUAUAGAAUCUCAUCAUCAACAAGAGGACGGCGGGGAAUGGUUAUCGAUAUCUUAUAUGGAUGAUGAAAAUGAUUUGGUAUUGAUCUCUUCAGACGCGGAUGUGGAAGAUGCAGUGAUGAUGGCACAAAAAUUGGAUCAGAACAGGGUGAAAUUAUUUGUUCAUGACACGGCAGCGCCUCAACCAGUAACGAAUUCGACCAUGUCUCCAACCAUGAUGCAUCUUCCCAGCAUGAAACUAGAAGUCCCUGGUGUGGACCAAAACAACAAUAAUAAAGAACAAUUGGAAAUGUUGACAGAUAGUGAAGAUGAACAAAUGGAAUUGAAAACCAAGAAUAAGAGAAGAAGCUUCAAGGAACCAACUGUCCCUCAUCACGAUAUUUUACUACCUGCUGCCAUUACAUUCUUAGGUGUGGUUAUCAUUGGUGUGUUUGCCUACUCCCGUAUUAGUCAAUCCUAAUAUGAUUAGAUAAAUAGAUAGAUAGAUAUUUUGGUUUAGUUUAGUUGGUUGUUUGUUGAUUACCUCGUAAUAUUAUCAUGCAAAAGAAUAAAAAAUAUACAUAUACGACUCUUUUUACCCUUC